CUCACGGGACGUUCGACGCAUGCGCCUUUGAGCGGCACUUUUCCACGUGGGUGCCAGUCGUUCGCGGUCGGCGAUCAUGCCGAAAGUGAAGCGGGCGAGAGGCUCCGGCGGAGCGGGAGCGACGGGGAACGUGUCGCUGGCUGAGCAGAUCAUCCAGAGCGAUUCGGUAAAGCCCAUUACGCGGGUCAAACGACGCGGAAAGGCCGGCAAGCAGGGCGGCGGCGAUGGAGACACGGACGACUACGUGGAUGAGAAGCUCUCGCGAAGGAUCCUGGAGCAGGCGCGGAUCCAGCAAGAGGAGCUGGAGGCCGAGCACGGCCCUGCCGGAGGUGACGAGCCCAAGAAGAGGACGACUGUCCUGGGGCCUGUCUCAAAAGAUGGAGAUUCUGAUGAUGAUGAUGAUGAGUGGCCAUUACUGGAGAGAGCUGCAGCCCUGGAGAAGGGAGAAUGCUGUGAGGAGGUUACUGUGAAUCCAGAGGAUGAAAAGGCCAUUGAGAUGUUCAUGAACAAAAAUCCACCAGUGAGACGCACCUUGGCAGACAUUAUCAUGGAGAAGAUUACAGAGAAACAGACAGAGGUGGAGACUGUAAUGUCUGAAAUAUCUGGUUGCCUCAUGCCACAGCUCAACCCUCGUGUCCUAGAAGUCUACAAGGGUGUCAGAGAGGUGCUGUCAAAAUACAGGAGUGGAAAAUUACCCAAAGCAUUCAAGAUUAUCCCAGCAUUGUCCAACUGGGAGCAGAUCCUUUAUAUCACAGAGCCGGAAACGUGGACAGCAGCUGCCAUGUACCAGGCAACAAGAAUUUUCUCAUCAAAUCUCAAAGAGAGGAUGGCCCAGAGGUUCUACAAUCUGGUGCUUCUUCCACGCAUUAGAGAUGACAUUGCAGAAUACAAACGUCUCAAUUUCCAUCUCUAUAUGGCAUUAAAAAAGGCUUUGUUCAAGCCUGGAGCUUGGUUCAAAGGAAUCCUCCUUCCCUUGUGCGAGUCAGGGACAUGCACGCUUCGGGAAGCAAUCAUUAUUGGCAGCAUCCUCACCAAGUGUUCUAUCCCUGUUCUUCAUUCUGGGGCCGCGAUGCUAAAGAUUGCUGAGAUGGAGUACAGUGGUGCCAACAGCAUCUUCCUCCGUCUGCUCAUUGACAAGAAAUAUGCCUUGCCUUUCCGUGUUGUGGAUGCCUUGGUCUUUCACUUCUUAUCCUUCCGGGCAGACCAGCGCACCCUCCCUGUCCUCUGGCACCAGUGUUUCUUGACCUUUGUGCAGCGCUACAAGGAGGAUUUGUCCUCUGAGCAGAAAGAGGCCCUGUUGGAGUUGCUCAAGUGUCACAGCCAUGCUCAGAUCUCUCCAGAGAUUCGUAGGGAGCUAGUGAACUCCAAGUGUCGGGAUGUGGAGGGGAUGCAGCCGGUAGCCAUGGACUGAAUGAAAGAGAUGGACGCCGUAUAUUGGACGUAUCCAGUUCUGCUCAAAAUGGAACUCUGUUAAGCAGCAGCUACUUUAUUUUUGAGGCUAAAACGCAGUGUAAAUUGAACGGAGGCUUGUGCUUCUCUCCAUUUUGAGAUUGGCAAGUUGCCUUUGUGCACAGGUGGAAGUAUUUAUAAUUGUUUCCUUUAAACAGACCUGCACUCUUUGCGACUCAGAUCUGUUUGAAAGGCUGGUAUCCAGCCUGUGAUGAUUAAAUCUUUUCAUGGUAGAAUUGUAAUGUUCACCGAGAUCGCUACUGCCAGAAAGCACUAUAAUAUCCUCUGCCUCUUGAAGGUUCUGGACAAAAGAUGUUAAUAAACAAUGGCAAGAUCAAUUUGUUGGGCAGCAGAUUAGUGGGAGGUAAAGCAUGCAUCAGGUAGAUAUGAGGAGUCUGGAAAUCUGCAGCAGAUUUCUUUGGUAGAUCUGAAAUCUAAAGUGGGUCUUCAUAAUCAUGUUUGAACCUGGAAGUAAUACAGUACACGUAUGUGUAAAUCUGUAUCUGUGUUAUGUGACACAGUACAUUUCAAAAUUAUGAGGACAUAGCACUGUUAUUUUAAUAAUAAUAAUAAAAUCACUGAAAUUUU